GAACAAGUGCAACAAGGAAGUUUAGUGUAAUACCAUCACUCUGAAUGGGGAAAAUGACAGCAAUUCAAAUUUUUAAACCCAGGUUUUUCGAAGUAGAUGCCUGAUGGACUAUUUUUGGGGGAUUACAAGAAUAAGCCACUGCGUUUUAUACAUAAUAUUACAUAGUUACAGUGGCCAUUGUGCGGAAUACUGUAGCUAGGUGCACUGACAGAACUGUGUAUAAUCCCCUCAAAGUUUGACAACAUAGAGAAUAUUUGUGAUUUUCACAACAACAUUCAAUCGGAAAACAUGGUACGGAUCAGAUCAUCUGUUUUUGCAUCCUGUUGUUUAAUUAUAGAAGUGGUUGGCGUCGCCCUGUUCCUAGUAGGCUUUUUCCCAUUACCUCCAAAGUCCAGAGCAAUGAAAAGCAGGAGUUCGGACAUCCCAGCAGAGCCGUAUGCAGGAUACAGUUCCAACUGGACAAAUCUGCCUCCCCCACUAUUUAGAAGAGUGGUCAUCAUGCUGGUUGAUGCAAUGCGUGAUGAUUUUGUGUUUGGUGACAAUGGAAAGGCAUUCAUGCCAUAUACAAGGCAUGUCUUGGAGCAAGGGACAUCCCACAACUUCAUUGCAAAAGCAAAACCACCAACUGUCACCAUGCCACGUAUUAAGGCACUUGUAACUGGAAGUGUACCUGGUUUUGUUGAUGUCAUUAUGAACUUGAAUUCCCCAGCUUUACUGGAAGAUAACCUCAUCUGGCAAGCUAAAGAUGCUGGAAGGAGAAUUGUGUUUUAUGGAGAUGAUACCUGGCUGAAACUUUUUCCGAAACACUUUGUAGAACAUGAUGGGACUACAUCAUUCUUUGUUUCUGACUAUAAAGAGGUGGAUAACAAUGUUACCAGACAUUUGGAUGAUGUACUGAAAAGAGAAGACUGGGAUAUGUUAAUCCUUCAUUACCUUGGUUUAGACCAUAUUGGACACCUGACUGGCCCACACAGCCCUUUGAUUGGAAGCAAACUUAAAGAGAUGGAUGAUAUUGUCAAAAAGAUUCAUACAGCACUGCAGUCUAAGGAAGAAGUGGCGGCUUCUUUGCCUAAUUUAUUAGUUAUUUGUGGGGACCAUGGAAUGUCUGAAACAGGAAGCCAUGGAGGGUCAACGGAUUCAGAAGUGCGCACGCCAUUGGUUCUUAUAAGCAGUGCUUUCCCAAAGAAAGAUUCCUUUAUUGUGCCUGCGUAUGUGGAACAGACAGACAUUACUCCCACUCUGGCCAUUGGAUUUGGUUUACCAAUACCACAGAACAGUUUGGGACAUCUUAUCCUUCCUGUUAUAGAGAGGAGAUCCAUGAGAGAGCAGUUAAGAUUAUUACAUAUCAAUGGUUUCCAGCUUAGUAAACUACUUCAGAAUAGCAUCCCUGCCUAUGAAAAAGAUCCUGGGUUUGAAAUGUUCAGAGUAUCUGAGAGGUUGCAUGGAAGCUGGGUGAAGUUGUAUCUUGAGGGAAAUACCUCUGAAGUCCUCACAAAUCUUGGAAGGAAGGUUUUGCAGCAGUACCUGGAUGCUUUAAGAACAAUGAGUUCAUCACUUAGUAAACAGCUUUCACAAUAUGAUCUGUACUCCAUGAUUGUGGGAGCUGUUAUAAUACUGCAGGUUCUUCUUCUUUUACUGCUGAGUACCUCUGAGGCGUUGUGUAGUAGUGCUGAGUUUGAUGUUCCACUAUCAUCCCCGCUGUUUUCAUUGCUGUUUUACCUGCUCUGCCUGGUGCUCUCAGCAGUUCAUGUCAUUGUGUGCACCUCAGCAGAGAGCUCCUGCUAUUUCUGCAAAAUAUCGUGGUUAAUGGCACUUGGAGCUAUUAUGCUGGUUUCUGCAUUGUUCUGUGUUAUUUUGUCCACCAUUGGAAAGAGAUGUGCGUCUUGGCAAAGUCAGACUAAGAGUCCUUCAGUCACAAAUUCUGACUGGUCUGAACUGGACAUAUUGCUUUUGGUUGGAACACUUGGUCAUGUGCUAAGUCUUGGUGCCAGCAGCUUCAUUGAAGAAGAACAUCAAACAUGGUAUUUCCUCUUGAACACACUUUGUCUAGCUCUGUUCCAGGAUGUAUGCAGAAAGUAUUUCCUAUUGCCAGAACAUGACCUUGAACUCAGUCCAUGUAGGAGGAUAACUUCUGAGGAUUCUACAAGCAGCCAGCAACAUUCUUACAGAGGGAGAGUGCAAGUACCGCAUUAUGAUGACGAUAAAACCAAAGGAGCAACUUCCCCGGGAUUUGGCGCAGACAAUCUGAAGUGGUUUGCUUUGGCUACACCAUGGAUCACUCUAGUGUUAUGUCGACUACUACGAUCCUUAAAUCAGACUGGAAUUAAAUGGGCUCACAGGCCAGAUUUUGGUCACUGGCUAACAAGCUCAGAGCACAGGGCUGAACUGUCCCUGCUAGCAGCUACAUCCUUGCUCCUGAUCUUCAUUCUGGUUCAGAGGAGAUGCUCCUUAGUCUCUAAAAUAGCACUGGCACUUGGGCUAUUGGGAGUCUACAGUUACCGGGCAGCCAUUGGAAAUGUGGUGUUUCCGUGGCAACAAGUCAGCAAAGAUAUUUCCAAGGGUGUUAUUGAAGCUCGUUUUGUCUAUGUUUUUGUUCUUGGUAUUUUGUUCACUGGAACAAAGGACUUACUAAAAUCCCAGGUCAUCUCCACAGACAGCAAGACAAGGAGUGUGGGAUUAUGGGAAGUUUAUAGUGGUCUAGUCCUUUUGGCGGCCUUGCUCUUCAGACCUCAUAACUUACCAGUUCUAGUAUUCUGUCUCCUAAUUCAAAACGUUAUGACACAGUUUAUCUGGACUAACUUGGACUACGAUGCAGCACAGGUUACUAUUAUGCACUACUGGUUCGGACAAGCUUUCUUCUACUUUCAGGGUAAUUCCAACAAUAUUGCUACAGUAGAUAUCUCAGCAGGUUUUGUGGGUCUGGAGAACUAUGUUGAAAUGCCUGCAGUCAUGUUGACAGCCUUUGCUACAUAUGCAGGUCCUUUGCUUUGGGCAGUUUACUUAGUAUGCUACCUGAGCUCUGAAUCUAUCAGGAGCCCAGUGGCAAUUAGCCAUGGAUGUUUCUGCUAUGCAUUGAUGCGCUCCAUUCCAGUGACAGUCUACAUAAUUCUGGUUACGGUGCUCCGUUACCAUUUGUUCAUUUGGAGUGUCUUCUCUCCCAAACUCCUCUAUGAGGGAAUGCAUGCAUUCAUCACAGCUGCUGUAUGCAUAUUCUUCACAGCCAUGGAUCGCAAGCAGUCGAUAAAAACAUGAAGCACUGAAACAGAUGAUGGGCACUUCCAAAUUGGCUAGCCAAUCUACUUUGUUUAGACUUUGGUGAUGUGAAGCAUGAUGAAACUCAGGCCUGAAUAAUGUAUCAUUUUAUAAUUAUGUUUUGCCCGUUAUUAUUCUUUUGACUUGAAACACUGAAAACUUGAAACAAAGGAUUAUAUGUAUUGUAAAAGUUCUUUGGCAUGUUUGCAUACAGGGUAAAGGCUUUCAAAGGUAUAUCAUUUGCAUUUUCUCUCCUCUUGUUUUCUUGUGUUUAAUUGCUCGGAUAUUUCCUGUUACUAUACUGCUUUUCAUGGUAUCUGUACAACCAUUUUAUAAACUGGCAAGUAUUAGUUCUGCUUUUCAGUUGUUGAUGAUUCACUGUUCUCCAUUGUCUUCAAAACAAGCAAGUACUAAUGUCAGAAUUAUGCACAACCAUAAGAACUAAUUAGGUGACUUCUGAAAAUCCAAAUAAAAGGUUUGAAAUACCAGCAUUGGGCUAGUUUCUUAGCCUGUUAUAAGUCAUGUGCACAUAAUCAGACUAUUACGUGCUCAGUAUUCUGAUUUCAUUUUACAUGGUCUGACAUUAGCUGCACAGUUACAGAUCUCAAAAUUCUCAUUCUUUUGUUUUUCUGGUACUGUUAGGGGGCCAUGGAAAUUCAAAUAUAUGUUUGCAGCAUCUGCUGUAUCAGAAAAUCAAAUCUUGUUCAUAUCCAAGGAUCAGAUGGUACUAUAAUCAUUUUAUCCUAAUGUUUAAUGUCAACAAUGGUUUUAUUUAGCUGUGCAGGAUUGCAUUCCUACUCUAAGACCAAAGUCUAGCAGUAAAUAGCCGUCUAGAGUACAUUUGCCAAACACUAAUCAUUUUAGGUGACCAUCUGAGCUUUUUAUUUCACUGAAGUGUGUUGUUUACUGCAGUUCACUUUCGGAAUUAUGUACUGCUGUUCUUAAACUACCGCAUGCAUUUGGAAAUCAUUUAUGUCUUAUACUUGAAUGUAUGGCCACUUUUCGUGAAGAGAUACUUGGUAUUAAUAAGCAUGAAUACCCUUUAACAUAGCAAAACAGUAGCAGAAAAUACAUUAAUUUUAGUUUUCCUUCAGUCUGUGACUUCAAUACAUUGUAUUGCUGUGUUUAAAAAUUAGAACAUGACACUCAUUUCUUAACCAUUUCACUCAAUAUUGUAAUUUUUGCAAUUGUGUUUAACAGAGAUCAUAUAUAUCUAAUUUAAGAUUAUUUGGGGAAAAGGCUGAUUAAUGUGUAGAUUUACUGGUGAUAUAAGGUGUAUGAAUUGUCAAACAAAAAGCAAAGAAUAUAAAGGUUGUUGGAGUCUAAAUGUACCAUCUGGAGAAUAUUUUGAGCUAUACCAGAUAUAUUUAUUUUUACUUAUGGAGGAAAAUAAAUACAUUACAGGAUUA